GGAAAAGCUAAAUUGGCAACACUGGUUGGUGGAGGAGGACGAAGCAAAGACCAAGAAAAUGCACAGAUCGCGAUCGGUGCAAAAGGGAAUGUGGAGAGGAAAUAUCAAAGCGUAAAAAUCGAAGGCGGCCGCCAGCAGCAUCCGCGACUACAAAAACAGCAACAACAAGAGCAGCGAGAACGGAGGAGGCAGCAACAACAGCAAAACAACAACAGAAUAUACAGCGCAGCGAGCACAGAAAUACACAUAAAAGAGAAAUCAAAAUAAAAAGGCAACUCUUUCGUUCUGGACCCUGCCAGUGAGAGUUGACGGAUGCGGAUGCGUUCGCAGUCAGCGGUGGAGCAGCAGACGACGAAGAGCACCAGGAAGUGGACAGAGGAACCAUAAUAGCAAUAUACCUUAACAGAAAUAUACCGCCUUAGCCUUAACGAAAAAAAAAAAGACAACGACGAGUCCACACCAAAUCAAAACCAAAACCAAUCAAAAGCCCAACUGCAAGUCCCAGCUCCCAGUCCCCAUCCCACGUAAGCUACAAAAAUGUCCUCGCCGAGUGCCGGAAAGCGUCGCAUGGACAACGAUGUGAUCAAGCUGAUUGAAUCGAAGCACGAGGUCACCAUCCUGGGCGGCCUUAACGAGUUCCAUGUCAAGUUCUUUGGACCCACAGAGACGCCGUACGAGGGCGGCGUGUGGAAGGUGCGCGUCUACCUGCCCGAUAACUAUCCCUUCAAAUCGCCCAGCAUUGGGUUUGUGAACAAGAUCUAUCAUCCGAAUAUUGACGAGUCAUCUGGGACCGUUUGUUUGGAUGUGAUUAAUCAGGCCUGGACUGCGCUGUACGAUCUAUCGAACAUCUUUGAAUCGUUCUUGCCCCAGCUGCUCACAUAUCCCAACCCGGUCGAUCCGCUCAAUCGGGAUGCGGCCGCUUUGUACCUGCACGAGCCGGAGGAGUAUCAUCGCAAGGUGGCGGACUAUGUGCAGCGUUAUGCCACCGAAGAUGCGUUGCGGGCAGCGCAGCAGGAGCGUGAGAGCAGUGACAGUGAGUCGAGUAUGUCCGAUUAUAGUGAGGAUGAGGCCAGGGAUAUGGAGUUAUAAUAUCGGUUGGAAUGCCAGCAGCAGCCAACAAAGGAUCUACCGCUAACACUAACACUGACAACAGCCUAAUAUAUAUACAAAGGAAAAGGAUAAAUCCCUCUCACUUUCAGAAAACAAGCUACAAUAUAUAUAUAUAUAUAUAUAUAUAUAUAUAUAUAUAUAUAUAUAGAUAUUUAUAUAUAUAUAUAUAAAUAGCAUAUAUAUAUAUAUAUAUAUCGAUUUAAUUGAUAAAUGAUUUGGAUUUUAAGCUAGAAAGUGAUUCGAUGAUGUAGCGUGCACACACGCACAUGCAUACAUAUAAAUAUAUAUAUAUAUAAAUAUAAUAUAUAUAUAUAAAUAUAUAGAUACACUAUAUAUACACACAAUGCAUAUAUAUAUGUACGUAUAUACACAUACUAUAUGUAUGCAUUUACCUAAAUGUAAGCGGAACGUAAAACGGAAAACAAGAUUUGAAAACUCUUAGUUUUAGCCAUCAGUAGCUGUUAACAAGGAUAACAAAUGAUAAAAAACAAAAGCUAAGAUUGGAGCAAGGUUGGAAGAAUUGUAACAGAGCAAAGCAAGGAACUUACAGAAACGAAGUGGAAACAAACAAACAAUUUAAGAUGGAAACAUGGUUAUAGUAAGUGCACAGACACACAGACACAUGCAAUAUAAAGAAUAAUGAAUAAGGAAUAAUGUAUAAUGAAUAAGACGAUGUGCUUUUGGCUUUGUUCAGACCUCGUUCCAUCGUUCAAUAGGAGUUCUAAAGAGUUUUAAGGAUCAAAAAGUACCAGAACACACAACCAAUAACAACAAUCCAAAAUCCAGUUGCAUCCACUGAAGGAUCUAGACAAAGUUCGCUUUGCCUUAACCCUCGAUAGCCGCUUUCCAAAAUAAUCUAUGAACAAUAAGUGACUUUUUGGGGCCAAGAGGGUUAAGAUUAUAAUUAUGUUCGCUUCGUAGAAUAUUUCAAUUUAAAUGUUACGUCUCGUCUCUCUUUCUCUCUCUCUCUGUUUCAAUCUCUGUGUGUUCACUUGUAAUAUUAUUCAAAAUUUGUAACUGUUUAAACUAAGGAGAAAAACAUCCCCCCAAAAACCAUUUGACUAAGCAGCCUUGGCCCUGCGAAAAUGAUUUAAGAUAUAACCAAGACAAAUCUUAGAGAAAGGAAGCCGUGGAACAGAAUAAACGUUGCAGUUCAUUUUCUUGUUAAUUAAUAUUAUAUUGUACGGUUAUUAUGUAAUGUUUUAAAAUAGGAUUUCGAAUUGAACGUGUAAUUAAAUGCAAUAACUCGUAUGUCCUAACUUAUGUCACACCGUGUUUAAGCCAAAAUUAACACUUGUUUAUUUUAAUAUAUAUAUAUAUUUUUUUUAAUUUUAUUUUAAUAAUAAUUAUAAUUAUUAGCCCGAAAAUCCCAAUCCAAAUUGUUAAACGAAACCGAUCUGAAUCUGGAACUGGGUUAGUACGCUGCGGGUUUAAACUUAACUGAAGAAAUCAAAUCAAAGUGCAGACAUAUAUAGACAUUACUGUACUGUGUACUAAAAAAAAAGAAAAGAAAAACA